AUGGUCACAGCCAUCGUGACCCAUCCUUCUUUGAAUCCCGGAGGGAGCCAGUCAUCUGACGUAGUGCUUCUGAACCACUGGAAAGUGAGGAAUUUUGAAGUGCAGCGUGGUGACAUUGUGUCGUUGGUUAACAUGAAAGGAUUUCAUCUGUUGGGCAUGGAUCUGGUGUUGGAAGAAGUGAUCCAGGAAGUUUUCCCCUGGCGCCAAUCCCCCUGCUUGAGGUCCCCCAAAAAUCCAGAACAGAAGAUCAUAAAGAGGGUGAUCGCACUUGAGGGGGACAUUGUAAAGACCAUGGGCCACAAAACCCGGUAUGUCAAAGUCCCACCGGGUCACAUCUGGGUUGAAGGCGAUCAUCAUGGACAUAGUUUUGACAGUAAUUCUUUCGGUCCGGUCUCCCUGGGGCUUCUCCAUGCCCAUGCGACACAUAUUCUGUGGCCCCCAGAGCGCUGGCAGAAAUUGGAGUCGUUUCUUCCUCCAGAGCGUUUACCUGUCCAGAGCACAGAGGACUGACCGUGUGCAUCUGCUUGACUGCUGGACUCGAGAAGCUAACAGCACCCAGUGCAGGAAGGUGAAUAGAAAAGAAUAUCCCCAAGAAAAGCUUUCAAAAAUGAUGCUCUAGGUGAAACACAUAAUAGUAAAAUGAUCUAUAUUAUUGAAUGAAAGAAUCUCUUGAUACUGAAAUGUCAAAGUCUGACUGAUUUAUUUUCAAUUUUAGUAGCCUAAAGUACAAUACCCAAACAAUCCAGACAUCAGUGAAUAUGAAAAUAUAUCAUAUUCACAUGUCUUCAAGUAGAUAAAAUUGAAGUUUGGGUUAUAAAAUCUUUAUUUUAUCAUCAGUCAAAUUUUUAUUUUGGGGCUCUGUACUAAAAUUAAUAUUUUGAUGAAAUUAAUUAGAGUAGAUUGUCAUUUACUGUUAAGAAGUGACCUAAAGGAAUGCAUGCUGUACACAUAGAGAAAGAACAUAUUGUGAUUAACAUUACUACAAAUGCAGUGACUGCCGUUUAGAAGAAGAGCAAGUGAUUUAAAAAUAAAAUGCUGAUUUUUCCAGAUAUUGUAUGUAUGGCAUUUCAUUUUUACUUAACCAGUACACCCAAGGAAUAUGCUGUCUCUUUUGGAAGUAAAUAAAGUAAUGGAGAACCAAUUCUAUCCCAUAAUUUGAUGCUAUCAACCUUUCUUAUUGGCCCAUUUUAAUUCAAAACUUCUGCAUGAUUUCAUGCCUGUUCACAUUGAUGAGUAAAUCUAUAUAUCAGUAUUACCACUAUUCAGUAAAAUGUUCUGAGUGAAGUGGGGAAAAUCACUCAAGAUAAAUAAAUUCUCCCAUCCCAUGAUUCCUCAGUGUUCUUGUCUCUGUAAUACAAAAAUCACCAAGUUUGUUGAGGGACUAAUGGUAGAACAAUGGAGUCUAUAAUUUGUAUAGCUAAGGAUGUAGAUCCCUUCAUCUAAGUCAAUAUUUAAAAAAUGUUUCUUUCUUAUUUUCUCUUCCAUUGGUUAAACGUUAAUAUUGACAGAAACAAAAUUCUAAAUAGUGACCAGCCAUCUUUCAUAUGCAGGUAUAAUUUCUUACGUAUUUUUUUAAAUCAUUUUAUUAGGGGCACAUACAACUCUUAUCACAAUCCAUACACA